ACAGAUCACAAAUUAAAUGAUACUUCAAGCCAAAGUUCGCGACUUUUUUGUUCUUCUUGAACCAAUCAUCACAGCUUUCAAAUGAAUACAUUUGUUCAAUCAGUGUUCGCUUGAAAAAGUUUGCUGCUAGCUUUGUCAAAAAAUUUAACUUAUUUGAAUACUUGUGUAUAAUCAUUUUAGGUGAUAUAUAGAGCUGUCUUCGUUCAAAAAACUUACCGAAGGUGACUUGAUUCACGAUAGUUCGAAAAUUUUAUUACAAACUUUUCUAAAUUAUUAUUCUACAUAAGUACAAUUGCUACCCCACUGAUAAGUCUCUGAGCAAUUGAGACGUCUUGAUGACAGAAGUAAGCAAUCGAAGAGGAAUCAUGGAUACUUAUCGAGGAGAGAAGAGCGGAGAUUUCCGUCACGGGGUAGGCUGCUACUCCUACAACUCCUUUUACCAGUAUCAGGGCACUUGGUCCAAGGGACUCAAACACGGACCAGGUCAGCUGAUCCUCCGAGAUGGUACCAGGAUUCACGGGGAGUUCAAAGAGGGGGAGCUGACGGGAAACGGGAUCAAAGUGUGGCCAGACAACAAACAGGUGUACAGGGGUACGUUUUUGAAUGGACACAUACAUGGACACGGAGAGAUGACAUACUCAGACGGAUCAACGUAUGUGGGUCAGUUUAUGAACAACAAGCGAGACGGAUAUGGCACACUAACAGACAAGAGUGGAGUCUACAACGGGCAGUUUCAGCAGAACAAAAGGGCGGGAAAGGGCAUGCAGAUGUUUGAGCAAAACCAGACGCAAUCGGCCGCCUGCUAUACAGGACAAUGGCGGGAAAACCUUUUCCACGGACGGGGAAAAUUUUCAGUCGAUGGAUACACAAUUAUAGCAAAUUUCAAAGACGGAAAGCCUGAACAAAUACCGACAAAGUACAAAAUCGAAGUGAACAACGCGAGUGAUUUUACCGUAGAAAAAGGGCACCCAUUUGAUAUAAAUGUCAGCCUUGUUGACCAAAAUGGUGACCCAGUUGAGGGCUUUUCUGGGUUAAAUUUCACAAUUUCUUGUUGGUAUAAUAUCGAAAAAAUCCAAAAGUUCAUAGACAAAGCUACCAAAACACCACAGAACAUACUUGAUAUGGCUGCGCGGUUAAGUGCAAUGCCAAUGAGACGUUCGCCCUAUUUAAGUGCUGUUUACCCUAUGGUCAAGUUCCAGAAGUUUGUCCUAAGUGCAGAUAUCUCAAAGUGGGACACAAAACAGGUUCCGGAUUCUGAUUUCAGCUCCAAAGCAAUAGACAUCAUCCGCGAAGGACCCCAGGACACAGAGGUCAACUUCUUCACCAACUUCCCCAAUAUGACCCCCUCAUUCCCAAUACCACCCACGACAGGACAGGUGGACAUCCGUGACACAUGUCUGCCUGGAGAUAUGAAAGAGAGCUACCCUCCCCUGCUGCUGGACAAACUGAAGAGGGAGUGGGAGGAGCUGCAGAAGGAGGAGAGCAAGAAGACCAGGGUGGUCUACUUCGGAGACAGACCCAGAGACGUCAAGUUCGAUGCACUCGGUCAGCCCAUACUUGUGGCCAGUGCAGUCGAGGCAACCAAAAAUAACGGCAAACUCAGCAAAAACACGAAACUACCGAUUGACAAGAUAUUGAGGAAGCACUACGCGCACACGGGCGAGUACUUGUUGGUGGUGGCCGAUGACUCACCCAGCGGGUUCUUCGACUGGUUCGGAGUCCCCAAAAUCAAACAGAGCUUCGUCAGACUGAAAGUUCAACCAUCGCACAAAGACAAAGAUGACACAAACUAGAUCUAUUAGAUUAAUUUUGAGGCUUUUUUAUAGGCUCUGGCAGCAUUCAAGAAACGCAUCAGAUAAUGCUCUUUUCUUCUGAUAAGUGUUAUUGAUUAUUGUUAUAUGGACCACUUGAGAAAUAAUGUGAUAUAUUUUAAUUUUUUAUUGACUGGGUCCACUAUUAAAAAUAUGAACAAAUUUGGUUUUGUCUGCUAUGUCUUGUAUUUCGUCGUUUCUCGUAGAAUUAAGAAUGGAUAAUGGACAUGAUAAUUGGUUUGAUGCAAGUUUUGAGUUAGUUUGAGGCUAGAUAGCAAGCUUGAUGUUUAUUAAAUGGUUUGAUUUUUUCA